AAUUCUGUUUUUGGCAUUGUCGACAUUUUGAUAUACAUUCCACUAAUAUGCAUUUUCUUUUUUAAAUAUUUAUUUGAUGAAUUUUGAUUACAUAUUGUGUAAAGUAGGCUAAGUGUGCAUUUAAUCAUCAGGUAGCAUAGGUGCACACACAGUAGUCUCAAUCUGAAUUCUUGUAUGAGGAUUGGACUCUGUGACUCUUGUUCGUCAUGUUCCUCAUUAGUAAAUCACCUUGGAUUAAAGCUUCUGCUAAAUGAAUAAAUGUAAACAUAACAGCUGUGACGAGAAAAACUGGUUCACCGUGUCAGUGCGCAGCGUCCAUAAGCUGAUUGAUUUGUUGCAUAUGUCAGAUAGUUGGCCCUCUAGCUAGCGGAAGAAUACGUAUUAAUAAUUAUGCUUCAUGAAAUCACGGUCUAAUUACAUGAUUUGUUCUUAUACUAUUGUGUCCUUAAAUUAUAACCGUCGUGCCUAACACCUUCAGCCAUAAUGACUAUUCAUACGAUUAUUUUACUUGCUGAACGAGUUUUGUGACAAGUUGUAUUUUGCCGCGUCGCUUGCUCGUGCUGGAGCUGGUUUAACUUUGGCCAGUCUUGUAUGACUAGAACUAGUGCAAUCAGCAUAUGGUUCCUUAAAUUAAAAGGACAGUCAUCUGUCAUCUGUGGGCGGAUCUAUCGGACUUCCCUGUGCUGUCGCUUUCGAUUGUAGCGUAAUUAGCAGCUGUACGUGCGCAACGGUUUUACUUCGACCUGAACUGACACUAGUGCUGACUGAGGGACCGACGGUGAUCCAGCGGCGCACUGAAACCUGCUCCAGACACUGCAGAUCACACCAUGAGUGUCAGCUCAACACGGAGCAGCGGGGAGGACAUCGACGAGCUGGAGUCAGUCAGCUGGUAUCAUUAUGAUUUGUCCCGACAUGCAGCUGAAGCUCUUCUCCUUUCGAAUGGGGUGGAUGGGAAUUUUUUACUCAGAAACAGCAACAAAGGACCUGACUGCUUUGCUUUGUCUGUCCGAGCAAAGGAUUCAGUGAAACACUUUCAUGUCCGGCGGCAGUUUGGCAAAUAUUCCUUUGGCUUCAAUGAAUUUCCUUCCCUUCAGGAUUUUUGCAGUCACCUUGCCAAUCAGCCGCUGCUAGGCAGUGAGACAGGAAACCUGAUAGUGCUGCGGUUCCCAUACCCACGGCAGGUGGAAGAACCAUCCAUUUAUGAGACGGUGUGUGUGCAUACGGCCAUGCAGACAGGCCGGCAUGAAAACGACCUAGUGCCUAAUGCUCCAGCACUUGGCACUAAAGAGGGUUAUCUGGUUAAACAAGGAGCGAUCAUCAAGAACUGGAAGCAGAGAUGGUUCACACUGAAUAGAUAUGAACUUAAAUAUUUUAAAGAUAAAAUGUUUGUAGAGCCAAUACGAACCCUGUAUCUGACGGAGUGCUCUGCUGUGCAGUUUGAUUACAGUCAGGAGAGGGUUAACUGCUUCUGUCUGGUGUUCCCUGAGAGGACGUUUUAUUUGUGUGCAAAAUCUGGUGCUGAGGCAGAUGAAUGGAUUAAAAUACUACGAUGGAAACUGUCACAGAUAAAGAAAGGACGAUGAUGUUCAACAUGGAGAGUAGUAGCAGCGGAGCAAAUGCGAGCUGUGCGCAGUUAUUAGUAAAUACAGAGGAUUCAUUAACUGCAUCUGAUGCUCUGUGAUCUUGGCAUCAUGGUUGUACAACUCAUCACACCUAAAAUAUCUUUUGGGCAAUGAAUAACACAAGUUUUUACAUCUAAGAGAAGCACAGUCCCGAGGCACCAUGCUAUUGUGCUUUAUAAAGGUAUCUGGAGGCGGUGCACUACCAGUGUUGAGAUUAUAAUUGACAAAGUUUGUUUUUGUUUUUCCCAUAUUGUUGUGUUAAGCUUUCAGUUCUUCUCAUUCUUCUCCAAACCAAGUUAAACAGUGUGUCUGCUUUUAAACAUAUGUACGUUCCCUCUUAUAUACGUUUUCAAGUUUGUUUGUUGAAUCCUUUGCAUGUAAUAAGCUUUUUCUAGAAUAGAGAGCUGCUGUAAUUACAUAUUUUUGUAGGCCAACCUGGAAGCUAGAAUCAACCUGGUUCCCUCGACAAAAACUCAACAGGAAUUUUCCAUUAGCUUUUGGGUUUGUUCAUCAUGAUAAUAUUAAUAAAUAAAUACAAUGUAUGGAUUUUAAAGCUUAAAUAUAAUCACUGAAAAUAAAAAGCAAUAUGUAGGCUAUAAAAAAAACAUCACCACUACUAAGCUUCUGACAGCUCUUUCGGUUUUUAUUUAAAAAAUAUUUUCCCUGAAAGUUAAGAGUUAGAAUAUCUAACAGGAGUGGAAUUAUAUACUAUAUGACGAGGCUGUGAAUGCAGACAAGUUUACCUGUUUGGCUUAAUGACAUUUAAUGUCCCCUACAACCUCUGUAGACCAAAAUGUGAAAAAAACCCAAAACUUGAGCUUGUGAUAACCACAAACCUUUUUUCCGCUCAAACAAAAACCGACUCAAAAAACCCAAGGUCUUCAGGAUGAUGGAACUGAAAGUGCUAAAAUGCUAACUUGUCACUGGGUUUUAGGCUACAAAAAUACUUAAUCCCUGCAG